AUGGACAUUCUACCAAUAAACUUUAAAGCUCUGCGUUUUUGCGGCGUAUGGAAAGAGCGCAAAGACGACAAUAUAUGCGUCAGGUUUUUGCGCUUUUGUUACAGGUACGCAAUUUUUCUCUUGAUAUAUGAGUUUACGAUAUUCGAUGUGAUAGAAGUGAUUCGCACGCGCGACCACGUUCAAGAGUUGACCGAAGGGCUUUUCCUGGGACUGACUUUCUUAACACUUUGCGUGAAGUACGCGAAUUUUUUGCUGCGAGAGAGCGAACUAUCGGAUUUGUUGGAUUCCCUACGUGUAAAAAUGUGCCAGCCUAGGAAUUCCACGGAAAAGCUGAUAAUAGAACAGCACAGUCGUAGAGCUAAAUGGAGCAGCAUACUGUUCAUGAUGAUAUCGUAUAUGACUGGAUUUGGUUUCAUGGUUACACCAGCUCUAGGAUUACUCAAGGGAGGCGAGCGCGUCUUGCCGUUGAAGACAUACAUCCCAUAUUCCGUGUCAAGUCCUCUUCUAUAUCUAGCUACGUAUUUGCAGCAAUUUUUGACCCUAUUCUACGGAAUAAUGCUUAAUGUUACCUUUGACUGUCUCGUUUACGGCUUCACAAUUCAAGUUUGUGCGCAGAUCGAGCUGAUGUGCUGCCGAUUGACAGACAGUUUCAAGAACCCCAGUCGUAUUUCUUCCGGACAAAAUCGAGAAACAAGCGCAUCGAUUGUGGAAUGUGUCAAACAUCAUUUGCUCGUGAGCAAUCUCAAGAAAUUACUCAGCUUUGAAUUUUUUUCAAUGUUCCUAUAUCUGAGCGGCAUGUUGCUUCAAUUAUUUUAUUAUUGCUGGUACGGAAACGAGCUUGAAUUAAAGAGUAAAGACAUUGCGACAGCUGUUUAUUCCUGCGACUGGACAAUUGUAACACCGCGAGAACGCAGAUCGCUGAUGCUGAUUAUAAUAAGCAGUCAAAAAGGAAUAAUGUUCUCUUAUCAUGGGAUAUUUGCGUUAUCUCUUAAUACUUUUACUUGGAUUUGCAGGACUUCUUACUCGGCUUACAAUCUCCUACAGCAAGGAUCAAACUGA